UUUCUAGUUCAAUUAUGGAUUUUCAUCAAGUAUCGGCCACAGCAAUUCGAAAUAUUGACAUAGUAUUUACGAAAGGAAAAUAAUAACUCUCGACCUGAAAAAAUGUAGGACAAUAAUAUAAGACCUGUUAUCAUAUUAUUUUUGUCCUUUGAUCCAGAAACAAUUCAGAAUCGAUAAAAGAGUCGUCUAUUUGAUAUUUUCAUUUCAUCGGAAUAAUCCUAUAUAAAACUAAAAUAAUUCUUAUAUUGUAUACGUGCGGUAUUGACAAAGUGGAUUAGGAGUGAAAAUCAUUAUAUUAUUUGGAGAAGCACUAAGUACUGAAAUAGUGCAAUAUGUUUCUGGCGAUUCUUCUAAUUUGGACAUUGACCUUAUUCUACAUCUAUACAAACAUAAGCUUGAGAUAUUGGAGGAUGAGAAAUGUAUUCACAAAAAAACCACUACCCAUAUUCGGAAAUCUUUUUGAUGUAAUUCUCGGAAAGGACGAAUUUUGGACCUCCAUCAGUAAAAUAUACAAUGAAAUAGAUGACAAAUAUCCAUAUUUCGGUUUUUACAUCUUCCAUAAACCAAUUUUAGUACUGAAAGACAUAAAUAUCAUAAAGCAAGUUCUUGUCAAAGAUUUCAAUUCUUUCCCCAACAGAACACUUCAUUCAAAUGAAAAGGUAGAUCCUGUGAUAUCGAAUACGUUAUUCGUCUUGAAAGAUGAUGUUUGGAGAACUUUUAGGAGGAAAUUGAGCCCAAUCAUGUCUUCUGGUAAGAUGAAACUAAUAAUCCCUUCGAUGCAGGAACAUGCAGUUAAUUUAGAACAUUGCUUGGAAAACUCCGUUGAGAAAAACAUAGACGUGAAGGAUUUGGCUAAGAGAUUUAUGCUAGAUGCCUUCGCAUCAUUUGCCUUCGGAAUCGAUUAUGGAAGUCUGCAAAAUAAAAACCUGCUGAUGAAACAGGAACACGAUAGAGUUUUCGACCAGACUAAGGUCAUGAGAAGAAUCGGAACUUUUUCAUGGGUCUUCUCUCCAAUCCUUGUUGACAUUUUCCGUCUACCUUUUAUGGACAUGAAAUAUGCUCACAAUCUCCUGGAUUUUUAUUUACAGGCUGAGAUAGACAGAAAAAAAGAAAAUAUCCAACGGAAUGAUCUACUGGAUAUACUAAUUGAACUUUCGCAACAAAAAUCUCCAAACAAUGUACACGAAUUCGAUGAUUUGAGGAGAUCUGCUCAAGCUGUUCUUUUCUCCGGUACUGGAACCGAGUCAACUGCUUUGCCGCUCGCGCUGGGUCUGCAUGAAUUGGCAUGUCAUCCAGAUAUUCAAGAUGAACUCAGGAGGGAAAUAUAUCAAAAUUUGGAUAUUGAUGGAAAUGUUACCUACGAAUCGCUCAACAAGAUGAAGUACUUGGAUAUGGUAGUAAAAGAAACUUUGAGAUUACAUCCAUUCUUACCAUUCGUCACGCGUUAUGCUAGUGAGGAUUAUAAAAUUGAGUCUACUGGAUUGAUUAUCGAGAAAGGAACACAAAUUUUAGUACCAACAAGAGCAAUUCACAAGGAUCCCAAAUAUUUUCCAGAACCUUUGAAAUUCAAACCAGAAAGAUUUCUUGGAGAAAAUAUGAACAAGUUUCAAAACGUGUACUUACCUUUCGGUGCAGGACCCAGAAAAUGCAUUGCUGAGCGAUUGUCUUUAAUUGCAAUGAAAUAUGGAAUAGCAGCUUGCCUUAAAAACUUCCAAGUGCUGGUGGGGGAGAAAACUGAUCUACCACUUAAAUUCGCGAAGAAUUCUGUUUUUACUAGUACUGAAGAUGGAUGUGUUUAUUUGAAAAUAAAGAGAUUGAUUUAAGUUCUGUAUGUUCUACUCUACAAAUGUAUGACCGAAGAUUGGAGCAUACCUAUAGGAUCAAACAAUAAGUUCAAUAGUAUAUUUUGAAAACGUAGAGCUUGUAUUUUAUUCCAAUGCAUGAUCGCAUAAUCUGCA